UUGAAACAGAGGUCGAGAGUUUCAACGAAAAAACUAUUGAAAUACCCGAAAUUUCAUCGAAAAUCCCUGAACAUCAGAGAAUUGGAAGUGUCCUGGACUUUGCAUAAGUGAUAUCACUUGUUAUUCUAGUUCGGGAACAUGAGUAAUGGUCGCAUAUCCCAGUGAAUCUCGUGUUAACAUUUAUGCAUGCGUUACACAGUGUUGGUGUCCACCACGAAAAAUCGCAAUUUUUUCCAAAUAUCAGGGAUUGUAACAUGGAUUAUCGUCAAAAGAUGAUCGUCUCGACGACCCAUAAGUACAAGAACGAGGAUGACGAUGACGAGGACCUGGAGGCACUCAGACUGGCUGCACUGAAGUCGAGGCGUGCCAAGCCAACCCCAAGUGCCAAAGCCCAACUACCACCUCAGCAUAAUAUUCACACCGGGCGUUCCCAUUUCGCACCUUACAACCAGAGAUUUGGGAGGAGAGAGUACUAUCAUUCCAACAGGCCACCGAGACAGAACGGAAAUGUUUAUCAUCCCAGUCGAGUCAACCAGAAUCUGAUAGAAAUAAUUCCAGUCGAUGAGAGUGCGUUGUCAGCCACAUCUGAAACUAAAACGACGCCUGACCCACUUUCAGCCACAGAUGCAACAGUUUCGCUUCCAGAGCCUUCAAAAUUCCACCGUUACACCGACGACGUGAGUGGUUCCGACGACGAGGACCUGAAAGAAGCAAAAAUUCCAGACCCAAAAUCGGAGGACCAAAAGCCCCCUCAGGACGACGAAACAGGAACAGACAAAGAGAACCAGAGUAACGAGGGUAAUUCCCCAAGGAUCGAGGAGAACGACCCCUUGGAGGACGCAGAAGAAGACCCAGAGGACGACCAAAAGGACCCGGAGGACGACGACGACAUCCUCCUGAUGGCAGACCUCGAGGAAGAGGACAGCCUCGAGCGACUGAUCGACGAGAUGGACCGAGAGAUAAACAUGGAGAAAUUUCCAGCCGAGAAAAAGGAGAGUAGCCCCUCGAAGACGGAGACCAGAGACUCUAAGAAGCCCCGUGACUCCUCAAAGGCAAAAAACCGUUCAAACGAGAAAUUGGAGAGUCUGGGAGCGUCCAAAACCGAUCGAAGAUCGGUGUCUCCAUACUCCAGUAGCAAACCAAUGAGACACCGUUCGCUAUCCCCAAAGCAGAAACCGAGGAAAAAAUCUCCAAGGAGAUCCCCCCCACGUCAAAUUAAAAAAUCCCAGAGGGAGCCCUUGCGGCUGAGAUCCCCGAGGAAGUCCCCCCCGAGGUACUCCCCCCGUCCGAGGUCGCGGUCUCCCCGAAUGUCCCCCAGAAGAUCCCCGAACAGAUCCCCAAUGAGAAGGCUAUCCCCACGAGGUAGAUCCCCACUGUCCAGAUCCCCGAGACCCCGAAGAUCUCGAUCUCCAAAGAUCCUCUCACGCCCCCACUCUCCCAGAUUCAUAAAUCGAGUGAGAUCGCCUCUGAGGAUGUCCCCAGGUCGUUCACCACUUCCUAGAUCUCCGAAGCAAUCGCCUCACCGAUUGUCACCGAUGAGAAGAGCCUCACCGAGACGAUCGAGGUCGAGAUCGCCGCGAAGAUCCCCCAGGAGAUCCCCAAAAUUGUCUCCCAGAAGAUUGUCCCCAAUGAGGAGGCUAUCCCCUAGGCUCUCCCCCAGGCGAUCCCCCUGGUCUUCCCCGAGGAAUUCCCCCAGACUGUCCCCCAGACGUCGAAGAUCCCCCAAAGAACGAAAGAGACGAUCAUUGAGCCCAGAAGACCCGUCAUUACACAGAAAAGAGAACUCUCCACUGAGGAAAAAUGUCCAAAACUCUCCGGAGAUCUCGAAGAAGGUGAAGCCUGCGAAGGAGACGAUUGAGGUGUCGAGUGAUCCUGUGCUGGAGGCCAGGAGGAGGAAAUUCGAGUCGACGAGACCAAUCGAUCCCAUCACAGCCAAUAAGAAAAUUAAAUUGAGUAAAAAAGAGGAGAUCAAAGUGGAAACUGCUGAGCCCCAGGUGAAUUCUCCCAAGAGAAAGGCUAGGGAGGUGAUCGAGGAGUACGAGGAAGUUCCUGAUGAGGAGCUCUCCCUACAUGAGGAGUACAACUUUGAUGAUUUGGAACCUGUUCUCAGCGAUGAGUCCAGUGGUCCUGUUAUGUGUGUCGAGGUGGCGCCGGUGAAGGUGGAGAAGGAGAGGGUGAAGAAGAAGAAGAAGAAGGACAAGGAGAUCUAUCAGGUGGGGAAGAUGAAGGAUGCCAUGCUCGCUGGGAGAAUUGUCAAGGAGAAGAAGUGCAAGAAGAAGAAGGAGUUGACACCUGAGGUGGGGGAGGAGGAGGGGGAGGUUGUGGAGGAGGCGGUGGAUGAGGAGGCCGAUCUCAGGACUGAGUUGAGCAGGAGGAGGGCUGAGAGACUCAACAGGACUGUGCCCAUUCAGUCUGCUAGGCUACUGCAGUCAGCGUUCAAAGGAGUUGUUAAUGAAGUUGCCAAAGCCAAAAACAAUGCAAAAGUCAUUCAAAGACAUCUGGGGAAAGCUGAGGAAAAAACGAGUCAAAAGGAAGUUCGACGGGUUACUGUGCUGCACAGAACUGUCCCAGAUUUAUCAGAUUCCGAAGAUUCAAAGAUGCCAGUGAGGUUCAGACUGGGAACGAAUAAUUCCCUGCAGGAGACACGAGAAUCUAAAGCGUCGAGGAAAUCUUCCAAGCGACAGGGUCGCAAGGUAAAGCAUAAAAAUUUGUCUGUAAACGAUAUUGAUCGUCAAAAAUAACUCUUAUUAUUUUAAUUAAUCAACAAACUGGGUCACAAGUGAUUUAAAAUUGUCCAUACAAAUAAUCAUUCAGAGUUCAAAAUGCCACAUCAUUUGAUUCACUCCUCCCAAUUAGAAAUUUCUCAUUUUUCGAGAGAAAAAUCCCGAAAAAAAAAUCGAGCCAAUGAGGAACAUAUUUUGGAACAAGUGCUCAAGAUUAACAUGAACCCAAACAUUUCAUUAUCGAGCUUAACAAAAUGUUGUACUUAGAUUAUUAGAUGAUGAUUGAAGCAUAAUGACGAUUGAGCAUAAGAAUUUGGUAAAGAUAAUGGUGAAAAUAUGCGACUGAGAUAAUAGCAUGACACAUCCCUCAUCAAUUUACUCACAACACGUCAAAUCAGAUUCAGUGAAUGGCUUUAAACAUUAAUCGAUAAGAGCGAUGAACAAAAACAAUAAUUAUUUGGAAAUAAAAAUACGUGCCUUUGAGUGCCAACGACUGGCAUUUAUCAAUUAUCUCGAUUUAAUGACAUCAUGAAAACUCAAUAGUAAUCAUCUGCAUAAAUGAGCAAUGUCACAAUUUAUCUGCAAAUUGAUUAAAUGUCGUCUUUCUAUUCAUCGCAGUUGUGAUGAUUAAUUACUCAUUCGUAAAAAUAAAUGAGACUAAAGUGUGAACCAAAAUACCUGCAGAUACAUUUAUUUAUUUACGUAGAUCGAGACAAGUUGAUCACGAAUUAAACUGAAAUCCAUUCAUUUCUGUUCUGUUAUCUAGGGAAAAAAGCUAAAUACCCAUUGACCCGGUUACAUAUUUGUGCGAAGAGAAAUACUGAGCAGAAAAAAAAGAACUAAAAAUACAUGAAAGAAAGAGGAAAUAAUGGAAAACCGUUAAUGCUUUUACCUCAUUUGAAUUUAAAUUAAAUUUAAACAUAUUAUGUAGAAUUGAUUGAGUUUACCGUAGAGAAGUUAUGAUAAUUGAUUGAGGGGUUGAUGAUGAGUGUUAAUGAUUAAAUUAGAAGAUACGAGAAAUUAAAAAAAAACAAUAAACAAAAUGUAAUUAAACUUAGGGAUAAAUAUUCGGUCUCAAUUCCUUAUUAAUUUAAUUAAUAUUGACAAUGUAACUAGUUAUUUAUUGUUAUCCCCACCUAGGAAUUUUCAUUUGUGAAAAAUACUAUUACCCAGUAGUUCACUUACGUAUUAUAAUAUUAAGCAAACUGUAAAUAAUUGCCUCGUUUAUUCGAAAGAGGAGAGUAAUAAAUGGAGAAAAUUUGAUGAUCGAACAAGAGUUUGAAGAAAAAUUGCAAAGUAACCUUUUGUAAAACCCGGUGUGAGUGAAGCGUUAGAAUGUAUGAUAUUUAUGUACAUAAGUGUAUAUAUUGAGUGUGAAAUAUUUUGUACCUGGUGAGACAAAAUAGGUAUUGCUGGGUAGAUCACAGCAAUGAUUAAUGGUGAGAGAAAGGCACAAUAUGUAUUAACAAGUCGCUUCAACGACUGUUCGUUAGAAUCAUUGUACCAUUAUUGUACGUAAAUAUUCCUUGCAGUUUCGUGAUGGACACGAACUUCUCUUCUACAUAAGCCUUAUUUUAAUCUUUACGAUUCACUCAAUUUUAAUCGACAACUCAUGCAUAAGUUUUGAUGAAUUUAAUCGGAAACGUUUGAAUCUCAUGGCAUUGUGAAUUCUACUUGUCCCCUCAAUGCUCUGUCGUUCAGACUGUCUCGACUUUUAACUUGAAGAUGAAGUAAUUAAUUAAAUGAGAAGUUGAUUUUCCGGAAAUUGACACCGUAAAUCGUGUUACUUUCUUGAAAAUAAAAGAAAAGUAAAAUAAAAAACUUCUGUUAUUCUGUGAUAAUCCAAUAGUUGACCGAAAUCUAUUUUAAGUCAUGACGAGUGAUUUCAUUUUGUUUAAUUUAUUGUCCAAAUUUCUGUCAAUCCGGGGAUUGUUUAGAUGUCUUAUUGAAAAUGUUUAUUCUAGUCGAACGAUGAUAGAUAACAUUGAAAUUGUAAAUUCGUAUCGACAUUGGGGAUCUCUGUGAAAACUUUUUUACAUGUUAAUUCUAUUUGUAUCUUGUAUUAUUUUUUUACAUUUAUCAGUUGAAUAACUCCAUUCACAAUGACUCUACUAACAUCUUCAGAAACAUUAGCAAAUCAUUGAUAUUUGCACGAAAGAUUAUGAGAAAAAAUGAGUGAAAU